CUGAAGGUAAACUGGGAGUGAUGGGAGCAACCUGGAUCUCAUGGAGAACCACUACAACUGUCAUCAUUACUAUACUACAGAUCCAAGCUCGGAUCAGUGUCAAAACCACGGCUGUUAACGGUGUGGAGGGCCAGAGAUUUGACUUCAGAUGUAAAUAUGAAGACGGCCAGCAGAACAAUGCUAAGUACUUCUGCUAUGAAAAUGACGACAAUGAUGACAAAAUGUCCUCCACCCUGAUACGGACACAAAAACACGACCAGUGGGAUAAAGGUGGACGCUUCUCUCUGUACGACAACACCACCGGAGCCUUCUUCAUCGUCAGGGUGGACAGCCUCACCUCAGAGGACAGCGGGACGUACCGGUGUGGGGUGAACGCGAUCCCUGAUCAUAUCAGUUUCAUACAUCUGAAUGUUUCCCGAGUUACUGAAUCACCCAUCUUUCCGUUGGAUGGCCCAGUGAACAAGAUCCACCUGUCGCUGUUCGUGACUGCAGCGAUGUGCAUUGCAGCGAUGCUGUUCAUAUGUCUGUUCACGCUUUGCCUUCUGCUGGCUAUUAGACACCAAAGACCUGGCGCCCGCCAGAAUAGAGAGACAUCAUCCGACUAUGAGACCAUGAUGCCUGGUGUAAGAACUGAACCUGAACUGAGCUGCAGCUCACCGACUCCAGACUGCGCCGAUCCUUCGGCUUUACCAUCGCCACCACCUGACCUCUGCUCCCACUUCACAUCAAAGCAUCGGGAGUCCACUGUCACUCUCGACGAAUAUGUCGAUGUGGAUGUGCCAAAGCAGUACCAACAUCUGGAUCUCAGCCGGCUAGAGGAGCACGUCUAUCACAGCCUUAAUGGACUCAGCGAUCCUAAAGAUGGACCUCUGGGAGUCAAAAAGCAGAUCAACUGUUGAAGGAUAAUUCCGGGUUAAUUACGGCCAAUGGAGAGUCAGAAACUUCAUUGUUAACCUUUGUUUUCUUGUAGCUGUGCUCCCAGAUCUUGGUGUUAAUAUUAUUGAUAAGAAUGAAAGUUAGCGAUAAAGGAACUUUAGUAAUUCAAGAGGUUAUUGUGUUAAUUAUUACUGUAUUUAGGUAUUUCUAGAGGAAAUAGUUUUGCAACUGAAAAGAAGAACUGUUUGAGCAAGACUCAACUCAAGCUCGUCAAGAGUUGAACAAAUCCACGAAGAGGAGCACACUGGAAGCUUUAAGCUCCGUCUCUCGCUUUGCUUUCUGAUAUAUUUCACCAAAAUAAACCAAAUGGUAAUAUCUGAGGGUGUCCUUGUGUUAAUUAUUUACUGGCCUGAUUGAUGUGAAACUUUCACUUUGAGACGAGCAAGAGAUGGGAAGGGACCUUUUGGUGCUUCUCACAAGUGGUUUUGUUCGUGAGAUGAGGAAGCCGGCUAAACAAAGGAAGUGCAACAACAAAG